AUGUGGCUAAAAAAGAAAAAAAGGGAAGUACGCGCUUUAGGUCGACAUAUAUCUCUAUCCGCUGACAAAGCAAGAAGAGUAAUUAAUCAAAUUCGGGGGCGUUCCUAUGAAGAAACACUUAUGAUACUGGAACUCAUGCCCUAUAGAGCAUGUUAUCCCAUUUUGAAAUUGGUUUAUUCUGCAGCAGCAAAUGCUAGUUCCAAUAUGGGUUCCGACGAAGCCAAUUUACUAAUUAGUAAAGCUGAGGUUAACGAAGGUACUAGUGUGAAGAAAUUCAAGCCCCGAGCUCGGGGACGUAGUUAUGCGAUAAAAAGAACUACCUGUCAUAUAAUUAUUGUAGUGAAAGAUACCUCUUUAGAUGAAUAUGAAGAGAUAGAUUUUUUUAAAAAACCUAGAUAG